UAGGAAAGCACGGUAAUAUCAUGAGGAAAACAUUGUAGGUGUGAAUUACGUUUAACAUGGCGCUGUUUUCUGCAGCGGCAAUAGGAGACGUCCAGAAGAUACAAUCAUUAAUCGACUUGGAGGACAAGUCCGAGGAUUCUGAUGGAGUUGAUGUAAACUGCUCAGAUGCAUCUGGCAAGACACCCCUUCACAUUGCUUCGGCAAACGGACAUUUGCAAACGGUUAAAUGCCUAACCAAUCAUGGAGCAAAGGUGAAUGUAAUCGAUGCUAACCUACAGACAUCGGUUCAUUUAUGUUCAAAGAAAGGCCAUCUUCAUGUGGUAGAGCUGUUAGUGAACGAAGGAGCAGAUAUUAAAAUUGGCGACAAAGAUGGGUUUACAGCUCUUCACAUAGCAUCAUUCGAGGGUCAUGUUGACAUUGUCAAAUACCUUGUUAGUAAAGGGGCAGAGCUGGAGAGACUUGCUAAUGAUUAUUGGACACCUCUACACCUUGCAUUAAAUGGUGGCCAUCUUGACCUUGCAGAGUACCUUUUGACAGAAGGAGCCAACAUUAACACGUGUGGUGAGGGUGGAUGUACAGCUCUACAUGCUGCAUCACAAACUGGUAAUAUUGAUGGAGUGAAAUAUCUAACUAGUCAAGGAGCAGAGCAAGAUAAGAUCACUGAGGAUGGUUGGACCGCGCUUAGUCUGGCUUCAUUUAGGGGACACCUUGACAUUGUCAAAGUUCUCGUUAACGAAGGGGUAGAGGUUGACAAAGCACUCAGGAACGGGAUGACACCAUUGUGUCUUGCAACAGAAAAUGGCCAUUUGGGUAUUGUCGAAGUCUUACUGAACGUAGGAGCAAAUAUUGAUGACUGUAACCGAGACGGGCUAACAGCACUCCACAUUGCAGCGUCCAAUGGACACAUUGAAAUAGUGCAUCAUCUCAUUAGCAAAGGGGCACAUCUUGACAAAUGUGACAAAACCGAAAGGACACCCUUGUUUUGUGCUUCUCAAAAAGGCCAUCUUGAAAUCGUCGAGUAUAUCGUGAACAAAGGAGCAGGCAUUGAAAUUGGUAAUAAAGAUGGGUUUACAGCUCUUCACAGUGCAUCCCUCAAGGGUCAUCUUGAUAAUGUCAAAUACCUCGUUAGUAAAGGGUCAGACUUGGGGAGACUUGCUAAUGAUUACUGGACACCUCUACAUCUUGCUUUAGACGGUGGCCGUCUUGACAUUGCAGAGUACCUUUUGACAGAAGGAGCCAACAUUAACACGUGUGGUAAACGUGGAUAUACAGCUCUGCAUACUGCAUCACAAACUGGUAAUAUUGAUGGAGUAAAAUAUCUAACCAGUCAAGGAGCAGAGCUGGAUAGGAGCACUGACGAUGGUUGGACCGCGCUUAGUUUGGCUUCAUUCGGGGGACACCUUGAUAUUGUAAAAGUUUUCGUUAACGAAGGGGUGGAGGUUGACAAAGCACUCAAGAACGGGACAUCACCCUUGUGUCUUGCAACAGAAAGAGGUCAUCUGGGUAUUGUCGAGGUCUUACUGAACGUAGGAUCAAAUAUUGAUAGCUGUAAUCAAGAUGGGGGUACAGCUCUUCACAACGCAUCAUUCAAGGGUCAUCUUGAUAUUGUCAAAUGCCUUCUUAUGAAAGGGGCACAGCUUGACAAAUUGGACAAAAACGACAGGACACCCUUGUCUUAUGCAUCUCAAGAAGGACAUCUUGAAGUCGUCGAGAAAGGGGCACAGCUUGACAUAUGUGACAACAACUACAAGACACCCUUGUCUUAUGCUUCUCAAGAAGGCCAUCUUGAAGUCGUCGAGUAUAUCGUGAACAAAGGAGGAGGCAAGGAAAUUGGUGAUAAAGAUGGGUUUACAGCUCUUCACAUAGCAUCACUUAAGGGUCAUUUUGAUAUUGUAAAAUACCUUGUUAGUAAAGGGGCAGACCUGUGGAGACAUGCAAAUGAUGACUGGACACCUUCACGCCUUGCUUUUAAUGGCGGCCAUCUGGAUAUACAUGACUUUCUUUUAAAUAGAGAAGCAAGAAAGAUCGUUAAGCCAUUCAUUGGGUUUGAAGAGGACCACUAUGACUACCUUCGCAGUACGUUUGGUAGUGAGGCUUUCCCUGGCUUAAUGCCCCAAUACUCCCGAACAUACGAUCCAUAUCUUACCAGUCCACAAGACAGCUGUCGCUCCUCGAGGAAGAGUAUCACAGAAGAGACGAUGAUUAUAAGUCUCGACGAGUACAGCAUCAAGGUUCCAAUUUCACCAGACGAUGUGGACAGAGCCAAAUAUAUCACAGCAGAAGCAUUGACAACCAUUCCACCUGACUUAAAGCUGGACAAAGACGAAGUUAGCAUCUCAGUUGGGCUCAAGCUAUCCCCUCCUGGUCUUCAGUUUAAAACUCCGGUGGAAGUCACGGUCUCGCAUAGCGCUAUUUUCACCAACCCAGACAAGGCAGAAAUUGUGCUAUACACCAGAAGGACUGUGCAGAGAGCACCUGACUGCCACGACGACCCCAUCACAAUUAUGACAGAGAUCUUCACACAAAAUGGAUCCUUCCCUACUAUUCUUGAGUCUGAUGAAUUUGCAAGGAUAGUUCCUGCUUCUGACAAAGCUGCUCGAUGUGUAGUCGCAAAGAAUCACCUUACUCUGUACUUAGACCAUUUCUCGGAAUGGUGGAUUAUCUCCUUAAUCAGGAGAUACUUCAUCGGUAAACGGCUCAUCUGUACGCCUUACGUUCCCCUGUCAACAUACAGAGACGUGUUAAACCGCAUCUAUCUCGUCAUUAAAGACGACUUCUGCGGCAUGAAAGAGGAUACCAUACAAGACUACAAGGUAGCCUUUCCUGGUGAGCAGUACUGUGUAUAUUGGGGACAAGGACCCCUAUUUGUCAGACAUCUGGAAAACGAAGACGAAGUGUCAACACAGGAACUUGAAGAAUGUGCUUUCUUCCACAUGACGACACAUCGGAUGCCGUUCUCUCUUCAGCCACGUGAAGCAUCUGAAGUUCCCGUCAUGUUCAUCUUGAAGCAAAAAGUCACGAAGCGUAUCGCCUUCAAAGUACUGUACAACGGUAAUAUCAAGGGCAAGAACUCCUUUGGGGUAGGGGGUGGCUUAAAGACUUCCACUGGCAGAGAAAAGCCAUCUCAGCUCUCCGAAGAGCCGACAAGAAGCGAGCAUCGUGAUCUUGAAACGAUAGUUCCAACAUCACCUGAGCCUGCAUACACAAAGGACGGAAGUAGUCCUACUGAAAUUCUUACAAGGCCUAGCCCAUUGACUCCACCAUCGACAAAGUCACAGUUAUGUGAACAUGCCUACCAAGUCACACAUGAUUUAGUAACAGAGACAGGAGCAAUCGUACCUCCUAUGCUACAGCAUGAGCUGCGUUGCCGGUUGAACAGAGAAAGCCCAGUUUUUGAUGACUGGAGGGGUCUUGCCAAUCAGCUUAAACUUCAAGACUACAUACAAUCACUGGAGCAGUGCAAAAACCCGACUGAAGAACUACUCGUUCUUGCUGAGAGUCAAAAGAAGAUUCAGAACCUUGGAGACUUGGCCAAGGCGUUCGAACGCAUGAAUCGUGGGGAUUGUCAAGAGCUAUGUGAGGACUUUGCGUUUGAGAGAACAAUGUCGGCUGAUCUUUGGAAGGAUCAAAUGGAAGAUGAUGACACAGACACCAGUGAUUAG